AAAUCGCAUUCAUUCAUAGAUUUCAGAUUAGUGUUUGGAAAACUGUCGGCUGAGUUAUAGAUAUUAAAAAAAAAGUAAUCGCUAAGCGGCAGGUUGUGUUGUGCAUCGCUACGCAGAAUUUAACUAAUUAUUGAAAGACUUCGCAAAGGCAAUGCAAUAGUGAUUUCGUAAAUCGGCAUUUGUUUUGUUUUGAUUUCGAACUUCUUUUCGCCACAUAUCUCAUACAUAUAUUCGCGUAUCUUUCAAGUGUAUCUUUUAUUUAGGCAAUUUAUCCGUGCUUGACGUUUUGUUGUAAAUGUCAGCGUAACGAAAUUGAAAGAAAAAUAAACGAAAAGCAAAAAACGCAUGUAAAAUAAAAAUUAAAAAAUAACAUCAGAAUCUGCUUAACUGGUGAUUUGACCAAUUGCAUUUAAGUGUUUUGGGGUUAAAAUUUACUUACAUACCUUGCACUACGGCAAAAGAUAAUCAAAAACUAAACUAUUGGAACUGGAAAAUCGAUACAUAGAAUAAAUUAAUUUUACUAACCACUACUGCCGUGGUUAGGGCUCCGUUGCAGUGAUGGACGACGAGUUCAAGCUCUGCUGGAAGAAUUUCCAGGACAAUAUUGCUAGUGGAUUUCAAAACUUAUAUGAUCGAGGGGAUUUGGUUGAUGUCACACUUGCCUGCGAUGGAAAAUUGCUGCACGCACAUAAAAUUGUACUUGCGAUAUGUAGUCCAUACUUUCAAGAAAUUUUUAUAACCAAUCCCUGCAAGCAUCCCAUAAUUAUCCUUAAAGAUGUAACAUUUAAUAUCAUGUGUGAACUUCUAGAAUUCAUGUACCAGGGUGUAGUGAAUGUUAAACACACGGAAUUGCAAUCGUUUAUGAAAAUUGGUCAAUUAUUGCAAAUAAAAGGUCUUGCCACAAAUGUCUCCUCAACAACGGGUUCCACGCCCACUGAUAAGUCGGCUAGUCAAACACAUAAUAACGAUGAGACAAGCAACGUUUGUGCUGAGCUAGAAAACAAUACUAGUGCGAGCGUGAAAACCACACCAAAACGUGAAGCCAUUGGCGAUAAUGCGAAUACAUCGGAAGUGCUGGAAAAUGUAAAAAUUACAAAUCCCAUUUCAAUUAAGUCACAUUCGCCGCCAUCAUCCCCAUCCCCAAUGGGUUUCGAUUCAACUGCCUUGUUAAAUCAACCAAGUUUCAAAAGUUCACCGGAGAACAAUGUGCCACUACAUCAGAGCUAUCAUCACGCAGGUGCGAAUCUCAAACGACAUUCGGAUUUAAAUAGUGAUGCACUGUCAAUCUACUCGCGCAAACAAUUUCGCCGUUCGAUAGCAUCAGCCGAACACAAUACCGAUCAUAGUGACAGUGCUGAUGCGGACGCUGAUUCCGACUACUUUAUUUCAUCCUUACCACAUCUGGCCACAAACUCGUCGGCAGCGGCUGCGGCGGCAGCAUUUAGAGGCACUUUUAAUCCUGCUGCCUUCGGAUUCGAUUACAAUUUGUACAAAGGUAGUGGUGCUACUGGUGUGACUGGAAGUGGCAUAGGUGGCGUUUGUGGCAGCAAUACGGCUGGUAGUAGCGGGCAGGAAUAUCCAAAUGAUUUGCAUAUUCCAAGUGAUUAUUCGAAGAAUUUCGGAAACCAUGUGGACAUUCCGCCAAAUAGCAGCAAUGUGGUGAUGCUCUCUUCCACGUCUCUGUUGCACGGUAAUUGCGUGUUUAACCGAAACAACACUGUGGCUACUCAACAAGGCAUGAAAACUUAUUGGCUCUGCAAGUCCUAUCGCAUUAGUAUGUGCCGAGCGCGUUGCAUAACGCAUCAGGGACGCGUCAUAUCAGCGACAGGAGUGCAUAACCAUCCACCACAUAUGAGAGGUAGUGGACCAGGUGGCGGUGGAGCUGGCAAUGGCGCAUCCGGAGGAAAUCUGAGUGGAAGUACGAGUGGCGCCGGGUUUUCUAUCGAUGCCAAUGUUCAGCAAUCGACCUCAGUGCCAAGCUCUAUCUCACCUUCAAUUAGUUUAAAUUCGAUUAAUAUGUCCGGCACACUACUGCCCGGCGGCAAUAAUGCUGCAAGCGGUAUGAAUGCUGUCACAGGAACACGGCUACAUCAUACGACCGUGAGCAGUGUCAUUGGUGCAUCUAUGUAUCAACCACAUAACUCCAUGCAUAAUUCUCCCUCACAACAACUGCAGUUGCAUCAAAAUCAACAGCAACAACAACAGAUGCAACACCAGCACCAGCAACAACCGCUGCAUUCAGUAGGUGGCUCUAUAUCUCCGCCCCCAAUCGGGGCGAGUUUAAUGAGUUCUCCGCAUGGGCGCACCCAUUGUUCUCAGUCGGCUACUAGUCUCUUAAUGUCGCAUAACUCGACUGCCGAUAGCGGGAGCAGUCACAUCAAUUUGCAUCAUCAUCAUCACCAUCAUCCCCAUCACCACCAACAACAUGUGAUUGGCAGUUCAGGAAACGGCCAAGGAUCAAACCGCAUUAUACAGAAUCUAUUGCAUAGUGCGAAUGCAUCAAAUGUUAUGCACCAUAGUCACCAUUCCCAACUGCCACAUACCAUGGCGCACUUGACGCAACAUCAGCAUCACUCGAAUUCGCACGAACAAUUAUCUCAACAACAUCAACCGCAUUUAGAGAUAACGCCGCUAAUGCAAUCACCGCCACUCCCACCACCACCAACGCUUCAUCUGCAAAGUCCAUCGAAUCAAAGUAAUCAGUCGCAACACGGCAGUGGUGGUGCAAAUUCGCUCAGCUCACCUUUAACAACAACACCAGUGAUAGCUUCCAGCAGUAGCACACUAAAAUCGCCAGCGCAAACGAGUCUGAGCGACGAAGCGAUCUGUGUGUCGGAGGUGCAAUCUCAUCAGUCACAUUCAGCGCAUUUGAGCGGCGGCGGUGAGCAACAACAGCAUCUGCUGAGCCACCAUGGCGCAACACUGUCGCCGUCCGAAUUAAAUUCGAAUACUGCCGUAUCCUCACAUUCAAAAGACGGCACGAGUGAGGCUCAACAUCAAGCUCACGUCAUUGACUCCAUAACGAUAUCACCAGCCGAAGGACAUAAUUUCAAAAUGGAAGAUAUGUAACUACUAAGUUCCUUAACGGCUCAUUUUGAAUGCAGCAAAACUUUAGAUUGACUCACAAUCAGAAUAUACAGUGCGUUCAAAUACGCACCGCACCGAGCAACUUU